GAGGGCAGAACGCCACUCCAUUGAAGAAGAAUCGAGGAGGUUAGACCCAAUUGAGCGCACCUCCUUUGCAGCAAGGAGGAGAACAAAAAAUCAGUUUGCUAUUUAAACACGCAGACAUUUCCCAUACAGAACUGACUGCACUUCACCACAUAGAAGUAAAGAACUCACUGAAUCUCCUGCUGUAAACAGUUGGCCGCAAGCAUCCAUCCACAUAUCCCUUCACAAUGGCAGAAGAUGCGAAUAUGCGUAAUGAGUUGGAGGAUAUGCAGCAGCGUGCUGACCAGCUGGCUGAUGAGUCGCUGGAGAGCACCCGUCGAAUGCUGCAGCUGGUUGAAGAGAGUAAAGAUGCUGGUAUCAGGACUUUGGUUAUGUUGGAUGAGCAAGGAGAACAACUCGAUCGGGUCGAAGAUGGCAUGAACCAUAUCAACCAAGACAUGAAGGAGGCUGAGAAAAAUUUAAAAGAUUUAGGGAAAUGCUGUGGCCUUUUCAUAUGUCCUUGUAACAAACUCAAGUCUAGUGAUGCUUACAAGAAGGCCUGGGGCAACAACCAGGAUGGUGUAGUAGCCAGCCAGCCUGCCCGCGUUGUAGACGAGCGUGAACAGAUGGCUAUCAGCGGUGGCUUCAUACGCAGGGUAACAGAUGAUGCUCGGGAAAACGAGAUGGACGAGAACCUGGAACAGGUCGGUGGUAUCAUUGGAAAUCUCCGCCACAUGGCCUUGGAUAUGGGCAACGAGAUUGAUACGCAGAACCGCCAGAUCGACAGGAUCAUGGAGAAGGCUGAUUCCAACAAAACCAGGAUCGAUGAAGCCAACCAACGUGCAACAAAGAUGCUUGGCAGUGGCUAAGCUCCACACAAAAAUAAUUUUAUCCCCUGCAUUGUUCACAGAACAGUGUAAACUUGUUUUUAUCGUGGUAUUUACCUUCUAGGUUUGCACACAUGCACAUAUCAGCCCCCAUUGUAAAUGUUAAAUGUUGUUUGUCAGCUUUUUAUUGAUAGUACCUGUAAUGAUUUAUUUUCUGGGUAUUUUUCUUUCCAAAGGUUGUAUAUAGUGUUGAUUUGAUGGCUAUAGCGCACUUGUGAAGUUUUCGUUCUCUUUUUUAUAUACUAUCUAUCUAUCUAUCCAUAUAUAUAUAUAUAUAUAUAUAUAUAUAUAUAUAUAUAUAUAUAUAUAUAUAUAUAUAUAUGUAGAUAGAUAUAGAUCUAUCUUUUUGCUUGAUGACAAUAAUGUAGGAAUGCUAUGCAAACUGUUUUCCUUUUCAGUAUUCAGUCUCUUUCUAGUAAAACUGUGCCAUUCCACGAUGCUACUGCUGUGUUGCUAUUUAUUUUGAUGUUGUAAUGGUAAAAGAGCACUUAUGGCUGCUGUCCUCCGUUUUCCCUCAUCAGCCGUUAUGAGUUAAUGUUUAGACCAUGUGCAGCUGUGUAACUGUAAUAGACAUUAUGCAUGAUGAUUAGUAGAUUUUAGAAUCUUCUAAUUAAAUUAAAAAAAUAAAUAAUUAAAAAAAGAUCUUUACAUGGCAGUAGCAAAUUGACAAAAGCAUGCUAAGUAUUUGGACACAGUUGAAAGUACAGUACUCCUGAGUGCUACAAUCUCUGUCAAUGUAUAGGUACAACUGUGACCAUUGCUGUUAAAAAAGAAAUAUAUGCCUGUAGCACAAACAACUGUUUUUUAAAUGAAUAUGCAGUUGACUAGAGAUAUUGAGUAAAUGCUGAAAGGUGUGGGACUGGUUGUGUACUUUAAUAUAAGAUGUGGAUGCUCUUUGAGAUGGAAAAAGACAAACACAAAAGGUGCAUAUUUCUGUAACUUUUCUGAUCUUGUUAGUUGCUCUCCCCAUGUGGUCUGUUUCCUGUACAAUUCUUUGUUGCUUCUGUAUCUAGAGCUAUGCACACCAAAUCACUGAAGUAUUGAGUAGUAAAAAGAAAACAAAUACCUUAACUGAAUGAAAAUUAAUUAAAACUGAGAGAUAAAUGUCCUUUCAGCAUGUCAUAUUAAAUCUGCUGCUUCUGUCUCCUGUCGGUUUGUGAAGUGGUUGACAUUUUGUAGCUAGUUGAAAUGAUUAAAAUUGAUAAACAUC